GUGUGUGUGUGUGUGUAUGUGUUUGCUCUCACGACAGUUGAAUGAAAAGGUUCGCCGUUUGUAAUCUCGCAUAACUGCUGCUAGCAUUAGCCUAGCAUGUUUUAGACCUUAGUUCUGCGUACGUUAGCAACAUGUUUAGUGGCUGCACAUGGAGAACUACAGUAAAACUCGCAGUGUGGACCAGCCAUGUGUUUGUCCGUUUAGCCUCACUCCCAAUACACCGGAGGUCCGUGUCAAAGACGGCAGCAAGAUCCGCAACCUGCUGCGCUAUGCUCUCGACCGCAUGGAGGUCAAGCCCAGGGCUGCGGCCCAUGAAGAAGGUGGAGACCAGAUCCACAAGGGCUCACCCAUUUGCCGCCAGCUAGUGUUUACAGCGAGCGGAAAGGGCGUGUCCAAAGCGAUCACGUGCGCCGAGCUGCUGAAGCGGCGUGUGAGGGGCCUGCACCAGCUGACCAAGCUCGCCAACAAUACCGUGAUGGAUGUGUGGGAGCCGCUGGAGCCCGCCGCCGGUCUGGACAGCCUCACGGUCAGCAGGAAGCUGCCUGCUAUCUGGAUCCUUCUCUCCAGGGACCCUCUGGACCACCAGCAGCCUGGGUACCAGGCACCAGGCCGCUUUGAUGGCCUGUGGGCCCACGCCUCCGCCAGGGAGGAAGGUGGAGGACGGGGUGGUCACAAGAGGAAGAGGGGAGGUGGAGGAGGUGCCAGGGGCAGGGGACGUUCUAGAGACUCCAAAGCCGACAGCUGAUCUCAAAACCUGAUUAGAUAUAAUGCCACUUCCUGUUUCCUGUGACCUUCCUAUGACUCACUUUGAUUUGUUGGUAUUAUUUAAUUCUUAUUGGAUGUAAUUAAACAACACACCAAAUGUCCACAUGUAUUUUGUGUCAUUAAAUGAAAAUAUA